AUUUGGAACAUCUUCUUCAAAAGACUGUCAAAUGGAGUUUGGAUGAUCGUAUGAUCUCCAGAAUGGUCAAAGCACAUAUUCCAUUUACAGAAUGUGCGCUGUGAAGCGACAGCUUGAUAAUUUUUGAGCAGGCCCUCUCUGUAUGCCUGCAUAGAACGUCUGCCGCCCCUCUAGUAAAUGGAAUGUUGCAAAAGAUAUUUGCUUCAUCUAUGAGCAGCUGCAAGCUCUACACUCAAACACAAAGAAGCCACGACUCUCUAUUUACUUUAAUUUCAAAAGCAUUGUCUUUGUCUAAAAACCCAAGAGAUGUACACAAAGUUCACGCCUUUAUAAUCUUGUCAGGCCACCAGCACUCUGUGUUCUUAUCCGGCAAACUCAUUUCCAGGUAUUCAGAGAUCAAAGACCCAGUCUCUUCAAUGGCCGUUUUUCACUUAAAUUCACAGACAAAAAAUGUAUAUUUGUGGAAUACCAUCAUCAGGUCCAUGACCCAUACUGGACAGUUCUCUACGGCGUUGGAGUUUUAUUCGCAUAUGAGAAAAUCAGAUAUUAAGCCGGAUAACUAUACUUUCCCCUCAGUUAUUAAUGCCUGCGGCAGUUUAUCCGACUUUGAGAUGGGAACAGUUGUUUAUGGGCACGUGCUAGAAAUGGGUUUCCAGUCGGAUUUGUAUAUUGGUAAUGCUCUGAUUGAUAUGUACGCUAGGAUGAAUGAUUUGGGGCGAGCACGGGAAAUGUUUGAUGGAUUGCCUAGUAAAGAUGUGGUUUCUUGGAAUACUCUCAUCUCUGCAUAUAGUGCCAACGGGUAUUGGGAAGAAGCUCUUGAAGUUUUUCAUCAGGCUAGAUUAUUUGGAGUGGAGCCUGAUUCUUUUACUCUGUCGAAUGUUUUACCAGCAUGUGGGGGACUGCUGAAGGUCACACAGGGGCAGAUAGUUCACGGGUUGGUGGAGAAGGUAGGAACUAAAAAAGAUAUAACUGUUAAUAACGGAUUGCUAUCAAUGUACUUUAAGCUUGAGAGGCCAAUGGAUUGUGAGAUGCUCUUCUCUGAGAUGACUCACAGAGACACAGUCACCUGGAACAUUAUGAUUUGUGGGUAUUCACAGUUGGGUUUAUAUAACGAGUCGAUCCAACUGUUUCUAGAAAUGGACGGUUGUGAAUGUAUUAGACCGGAUUUGAUGACACUAGCUUCCCUUCUGAAUGCUUGUGGUCAUGUAAGAGACUUGAGGUUAGGGAAGUAUAUUCAUCACGACUUCAUAGUUAAAAACAAAUACGAAUGCGACAUCACGGCUAACAACAUCAUAAUCAACAUGUAUGCAAAAUGUGGUGAAUUAAAGGCUUCAAGAGAUGUUUUCAGCAGAAUGAAAUGCAGGGAUUCAGUAUCAUGGAACUGUUUAAUCAACGGAUAUGCUGAAAAUGGGUCCUACACGGAUGCAAUACAACUUUUCAAAACAAUGAAGAGGGAAACAGUUCCUGAUUCUGCAACUUAUGUGACACUUCUAUCAGUAUGUACACAAGCGGAAAACAUAGAUUUCGCUAGACAACUCCACUCUGACAUAAUGAAGAGAGGAUUUGAAUCCAUUCUGAUUCUUGGAAAUUCCUUGGUGGAUAUGUAUGCCAAAUGUGGACACAUCCAUGACUCUCUCAAACAUUUCCACAACAUGGACUCUCAAGACACUGUCACAUGGAACACUAUAAUCACAGCAUGUAGAGAGGAUUGUGCUAUGGGAUUCAGAAUGGUUAGGAAGAUGAGAUAUGAUGGAAUUGAGCCGGAUGCCACUACUUUUUUAGUCUCCCUCCCUCUAUGUUCCAUUCUUGCCGCCAAAUGGAAAGGCAAAGAAAUUCACAACCAGAUUCUGAGGCUUGGUUUCCAAUCAGAUGUCCUGAUCGGCAAUGCCCUGAUUGAAAUGUACUCAAAAAGUGGGACCUUGACGACUGCUGUGAGGGUCUUUGACGGCAUGAUGGAAAGAGACAUAGUCACAUGGACUUCAAUGAUAACUGCUUAUGGAAUGUAUGGCGAAGGAAAGAAAGCUCUGGGAGUUUUUGAUGAUAUGAAAAAAACACCCGGAAUCCUUCUCGAUCAUAUUGUGUUUGUUUCCAUCUUAUAUGCAUGUAGCCAUUCAGGUCUUGUAGAAGAAGGCCGAACCCACUUUGACCAGAUGAAGAGAGAGUAUCACAUGGAGCCCAGACUAGAACACUAUGCAUGCAUGGUGGACCUAUUUUCUCGAUCCGGGCUAGUUUCUGAAGCGGAGGAGUUUAUUCUCUCCAUGCCAAUCCAGCCAGAUGUUACUAUUUGGGGCGCUCUUUUGAGUGCUUGCCGGUCAAGUGGGGACACCAAAACUGCUGAGCGGGCCCUCCACAAUCUCUCUCAUUUGAAUUCAGAUGAUCCAGGCUAUCACGUUCUUGCGUCCAACGUGUACGCAACAUUGGGAAAUUGGGACAAAGUGAAGAAGAUAAGAAAAUCUAUCAAGUCAAGGGGGAUGAAAAAAGAACCCGGAUCUAGCUGGGUGGAGAUAAACAAUAAGGUUUAUGUUUUUAUUGCCGGAGACAGGUUGUUCGAACAGUAUGCAGAGGUUAAGAAUCUAUUAUGGAUUCUUUAUGGUUUGAUGGCUAAAGAAGGUUACGUAGCAGACCUACACAGUGUGUUGCAUGAUGUGGACGAUGAUGAGAAGGUGGAGGUGCUUUGCGGGCACAGUGAACGGAUAGCCAUAGCAUUUGGGUUAAUAAACACAAAACCAGGGACUCCUCUUCAAAUAAUGAAGAACCUCAGGGUUUGUGGGGAUUGCCAUACUGCAACCAAGUAUAUAUCAAAAGUAGUGAACAGAGAGAUAUUAGUAAGGGAUGCUAACCGGUUUCACUUAUUCAAGGAUGGUACAUGUAGUUGUCGUGAUCUGUGGUGAUUCUUAUGGAGGCUAUAACUAACAGCGGUUAGCCAUUUUAACUUCAAAUGUCACCGGGAAGCUAAAAGAGCAGAUGCCAUGCAGUAAAGAAUCCAACAUGAGAGUGGGAUGGUUCAACAUAUACAAACAACAGAGAUACUCUGCAAGAAUCUGUUUUAAGAGGUCAUUAUGAAUGGGAAUACCUCGAUGCUCACUAGGGCAUGCUAAUGGGAGUCAAUUCAUACACUUAACUUGAGAUAUUGCAGAAAGCCAAAAACUACUGAAUCCGCCCCCCAAUAAAACAAUGCCAUAUUCACAAAGGGCACUGUCAUUACAAUUGCAGCGCCGGUUGUGAGGACUCGUGCCGAGGUAGCCUUCUUUCAGCAGGGAAGAAAGCAGACACAGUUUUCAGCAGGGAACCUAGUAUCCCGGAAGAGUAAGAAACAAAGUGUGGUUUCUCGUUCAAGUGCCGAAUCAGAAUAUCGAGCUAUGGCACAAUCUUCAUGUAAGAUCAUAUGGAUAUGCCAUUUAUUGAGUGAAAUCGGAUUGAAGACACCAAGACACAAAGCUGCUAUACACAUUGCCAACAACCCAGUAUUUCAUGAGAGAACAAAACAUAUUGAGGUUGAUUGUCAUUUUAUUCGAGAGAAGAUACAGAAAGGAUUGAUCUCUACGGGAUAUGUGAAGACUGGAGAACAACUUGAAGAUUUGUUCACUAAAGCACUAAAUGGGAUCUGAGUUGGUUAUUUAUGUAACAAGUUGGGCAUGAUGAAUAUCUAUGCUCCAACUUGAGGGGGAGUGUGAAAGAUAUAGAAUAUACUUUUAGAAUAUUAGAAUAUACUUCAGAAUAUUUUAGGAAUAUACUUUAAAGUAUUAUUAUUGUAUAGAAUCUUAUAUAGGAAUAUUCUAUUUGUAAUGUAUAUUUAUAGGGACUUACACAACUAAUGAAAAUCCUUCUCUCCAUCUUUAAUACUCCGUAUCAUUUUAGUUUAUAUUUCAACACACCUGAUCAUCAGGUUGCUAGUCAACUUGCGCAAAUAAUCUAACAAUUGUAUGAGCUUUCUGAUUGUUUGUACAAUUAAUUAUUUUAGCUGUGCCAGUAUUUUUGGCAAAUUACAUAUAUAUAAUAUAAUGGUAGAAUUUUUAUUCAUCAGAUACGGAGUAGUUUUUAGAACAAAGUUUGGCAAUUAAAUAUUAGCAUUUUUUCUGUUUUCUUGGCAUAUAUAGUUUCUGUUUGUUUUUCCAGCAUAUUUGUGCACACUUGGGGAAUGUUUUCCUUCAUAAUCGAAGCACAAGAUGAAGGCCAAGGAAGUAGAGAGGAAGUAGACGCGGCGCAAUGGGAUACACAAAGUAUACAAUAUAAUAAUGUAUGAUGAAUUUGCGGGAUGAAAUAGCGAAUAGAUUAGUAGAAAAUGUUCA